CACAGAGAAAAACAGAGAGUUUGAGUCAGGGGCCUAGGUAGCAGCCAGCAGGAGAAAGAAACAUGAGCUGCUUCAGCUGUUGUGAAGAUGAUGACAUCCAUAAAGCUUCUCAAAAUGGACCAUUCAUGGCAAAUAAUUCAGCAAGUAAUACCAGAGGUCAUCAUGUAAAUCAAGCUCUAGGAAAUGACACACAAGCUGUUGCUUUCCAACCCAUUGCUGUCCCUUCCAUCUCAGUGGAUGAACUUAAGGACAUAACAGAUGGUUUUGGUACAAAAUCCUUAAUUGGCGAGGGCUCAUAUGGAAGAGUAUAUUAUGGCAUUCUAAAAAAUGGCCAAGCUGCUGCAAUAAAAAAUUUGGAUUCCAGUAAGCAACCACUCCAAGAAUUUGAAUCACAGGUCUCCCUGGUAUCAAGACUAAAACAUGAUAAUUUUGUUGACCUUCUUGGUUAUUGUGUUGAUGGCUCUUUCCGUGCCCUUGCCUAUGAGUAUGCUCCAAAUGGAUCUCUCCAUGAUAUUCUUCAUGGAAAGAAAGGUGACAAAGAAGCAAAGCCAGGUCCUGUUCUAUCAUGGGCUCAAAGAGUGAAAAUUGCAGUUGGAACAGCCAGGGGACUUGAAUAUUUACAUGAAAAAGCACAGCCUCGUGUUAUUCAUCGAAACGUUAAGUCCAGCAAUAUUCUACUCUUUGAUGAAGAUGUAGCUAAAAUUGCUGAUUUUGAUUUGUCAAAUCUAGCGCCUGAUGCAGCACCACGGCUUCAUUCCACUCGUGUUCUAGGAACCUUUGGUUACCAUGCUCCAGAAUAUGCGAUGACUGGAGCAAUGAGUUCCAAGAGUGAUAUUUAUAGCUUUGGUGUUGUCCUUCUGGAGCUCCUAACCGGGCGCAAACCUGUUGAUCAUACACUGCCACGCGGACAACAGAGUCUUGUGACAUGGGCAACCUCUCAACUUAGUGAAGAUAAAGUGAAGCAAUGUGUUGAUGCUAGAUUAAAUGGAGAAUACCCUCUAAAGGCAGUAGCAAAGUUGGCUGCUGUCGCUGCCUUGUGCUUGCAGUAUGAAGCUGAUUUCAGACCUAGCAUGAGCAUUGUGGUCAAAGCUCUCCAGCCUCUCCUUCCCACUCUGCCUGCUUCCCAGAUUGAAAAGCAACACCCCAUGAAUACAUCGAUGACUUGAUGCUUUAGAUUUUUUGGACUAGCAAAAUCUGUCAUUAUUAUAAUUUGGUCUGGAAAUUGAUGCUAUAGGUUUUUCAGUAGUUCCGUUCCUCAAAAAUUUUGUUUUCCCAUUCAUUGUAGUUUCUGUUUCCUAUUCACAUUAUUUUUU